UGUCACACCCGCAUGUGUGUCUGUGUUGACACCCUGCACGGUGACCCGGUGAGCCGGACACUUUUUGCAGCGUGCGGGCUAUAAAGAGAGGGAGUGGCGCUCUGGUGUACAGUGAGGAGGGAGACGCUCCACAAAUCCACACGCAGACAGCAGCGGCCGGGAUAACGCGAUUAAGGCUCUAUUAGGUUCGCCGCCGAGCACAGAUAGAUGCUGCCCAGGGAUCACUGUGCGGAGAGAGAGGGGAGAUGCAGAGGAAAGACUUGACCCCUCAUCUGCCAAAUGGAUCUUCUCUCCUCUCCACUGAUCGACCUAAAGAAGUUGCCCGCUGACCGGCUCUUUACCGCACGGUGUCUAUCACGGAUGGGAGGUUUUGCCGCUGCUGUCGCUACAGAUUUUCCCUGUUUACUCCAGAGAUGUAAGUCCCAUUAGAGAUUUUUUUCCUGAGAAGGCAUUGUACAAUGACAGAGACUUCAGCCAGAGCAGCCCCAGAGGAGUGAUUCUGCUCCUCCAGUCUAGCUCUGUAUUUCCUGGUGGAUGAUAUUUGGAAACCUCAGCUGAACUCCUGUAAAGAAGUGGGCCAAUCUGCCUCAAUGGAGUUUAACAAUGACAGCAACCAGACUCUGCCAGAGGCGGCCCCGCUGAGCCUCCAACUGUCGCUCACCGUGAUGGUGGGGAUCUUGAUCCUUCUCACACUGUUCGGUAACGUUCUCGUCGUCAUAGCCGUGUUUACAAGCCGGGCCCUGAAGGCACCGCAGAACUUAUUCUUGGUGUCUCUGGCAUCAGCGGACAUUUUGGUGGCUACCCUUGUGAUGCCUUUCUCUUUGGCCAAUGAGCUAAUGGGCUACUGGUACUUUGGCGAGUUAUGGUGUGAAAUUUAUCUGGCACUGGAUGUUCUCUUCUGCACUGCCUCCAUCGCUCACCUGUGUGCCAUUAGCCUAGAUCGCUACUGGUCUAUCACACAGGCCAUUGAGUACAAUCUAAAGAGGACGCCACGCCGCAUUAAGUGCAUCAUUUUUAUUGUGUGGGUCAUCGCAGCAGUUAUCUCUUUCCCACCACUCAUCACCAUGGAGAAGGAAAACAGCAAGAUGGGCCGAGUGUGUGAGAUAAACAACGACAAGUGGUACGUCAUUUCCUCCUGCAUCGGUUCCUUCUUUCUCCCCUGUGUCAUCAUGGUGCUGGUGUAUGUGCGGAUCUACCAGAUUGCCAAAAAGAGGACCCGGGCACCUCCCGGAGACAGGAAGUGCAAGGAGACGCCAAAGACCAUAGCUGCUGGGAAGGAGAAUGGCAUCGGUGCCGGUGAUCACCUCUGUCUCGAGAAACUCAACGGCAAGAAAGAGAGUGAGCUGAAGAAGGGAGAGUGUGUGAAAGGAGGAGCAGAUGAGCAGAAGGUCAAUGGAGUGGACAUUGAGGAGUCGUCGUCUUCUGACCACAAAGUCAACAGUCCCUGCUCUAUCAAAAAGUCAUCAGGGAGGAAAGGAGCGACCAAACUAAGCCAAAUCAAACCAGGGGACGACGAUGGUAUGAAACCGGAGCAGGGCAGCCGAGCCAGCCGCUGGAAGGGCCGUCAGAACAGGGAGAAACGCUUCACCUUCGUCCUGGCUGUGGUCAUAGGAGUGUUUGUCAUCUGCUGGUUCCCCUUCUUCUUCACAUACAUGUUGAUGACGCUUUGUGAGACUUGUCCUGUACCUGACACCCUGUUCAAGUUCUUCUUCUGGUUCGGUUACUGCAACAGUGCACUGAACCCCAUCAUUUACACCAUCUUCAACAAUGACUUCAGGAGGUCCUUCAAAAAAAUACUGUGUAGGAGGGACACCAGGAGAUACGUAUAAUGAACCUUGUCUUUAUCCACAUCUGUACAGUGAAUUCACUUGGCUGUGAAUGCUUUCUAUAACAGUGCAUAAUCGGGCGGGUGGGCUUCAUGUUGCAGCAAAACACACACCACCCACAAGCCAAUAACGACAGCCAACACACAGAGAGAGAUGUUGAAAUGGAUGAUGGAGGAUGAUGGCGUUGGGGUUGUGAGAAUAAAGGAGGGUUAUUAAACGUAUGUCAGCAUUUGUAAAGUAAACUUACGUGUCACAAUAUCUUAAACACACGCAGAGAGAGGGAGAGAGAGAGAGGGAGAGAGGGAGAGAGAGAGAGAGAGACUGUAAAAUGUAUGAAAAAGUGAACAAAAGACAGAAACACAAACCCUCUUAUGCAGUGUCUUAGAGACCAGAGUUCAGCUACUCCAUCAAAGAUCAGUGUAAUUCCAGCCUUUACAGGAGAUUAUCAAGGAGCUGAGCUUUUGAUGAGUCUCAACAAAAUGUGUGCAAGUCAAUACUUGGUUCUUUGCAUGAGGGUAUCUGAAGUAUUUAAAAAAUACAUGAAAAAAAAUGUAUAAACAAAUCCAUAUUUUCAAUAUUAGUGUAUUUCAGUAUGUUUUCUGGUUUUAAUUCCAGGUGCAAAAGGUGGAGAUGAAAUGGUUCAUGUGCCACUUUGUGUUAUCAUCGUAUACACCAUUAAAGACGGACACAGAGUCACAACAAACCUGACUGACUGGUCACUCUCUCUCUCUCUCCUUUUCUCUCUCUCUCUCUCUCUCUCUCUCUCCUUUUCUCUCUCUCUCCCCCUCGCCCUCUCUCUCUCUCUGUCUAUUUGUCUGUCUUAAAGAUUUUUUAAGGUGGUCCGUUUUGUUUUGUAAAUAGAUUUGUUUUGAUCUAUUUAUUUCUGUCUAUUUAUUAUCAGUGAAGUUAGCUUUUGUUUAUUUAUUAUGUAUUACAUAAUAAGAAUGCACCACAGAACAUGGAUGAUUUAUCAGAUGCAUUUAUUUCUAAGUAUGCACAGCAGAAAUUGAGGCACCAGAUAUAUUUAAUUUAAAUCAAAAACUGUACUUUUGAGUUGAAACAACUGUAAUAUCUAUACGUAUAUAAAUAUAUACGUAUAGAUAUACAGUUAGAAAACUUCCUUAAAAUUAACUUUUUUGUGUGAUUUUUGAUAUGGUUUAACAUCAGUUAAAAAUCUUUAAUGUUAAAAAUGCUUUGAAUGUUGUUUCUUCUUUUCUGAUCUUUUAUUUGUUUUUUGUUUUUUUUUCUUUAAUCAUAAAGCAGGGCCCCACAACUAUUUUACCAUGGAGCAACAGUCCAACUUCAGCAAACUUGUCUGUCCAGUGGGAGCUACCCCCGUAUGUUUAUGUGAGCUGCAACUACAGAUACACAUUCUCACACACCCCCUCUUUCUCACAGUCUCCCCACAUUCACACAUCUUGUAAACGUGCAGGGAUACACUCCAACAGCUGAAUACAAGUACACCCCGGGCUUCUGGAGGAGGGGCCGGGUGUAAGGGCUCUUAUAAGAAAACUCCCUGAAGAAUCACUAAACUUCAUAAGUGUGGUGCUGUUCAGAUGCCUUUCCAACUGUCGUAGGGAUUACGUUUUCUCAUUUGUUGUUUGUUUACAUUGUUCACUCCAGUGGGAAAAUGAAGUCUGUACUUUCUGGACAAAUGAUAAUCAACCUUUGACACAGAAGAUGGAUAGAUAGAUGGAUGGAUAGAUAGAUAGAUAGAUGGAUAGCUAUUAUUACAGAUUAUAAAUCUCAAUACUAAUUCAUCAUUGCAUCUUCUACUGCUCUCCAUUUCAGGAUUCAACCAGUUCCAGCUGUCCGAGCCACGUAUAAAGAGUUCUCUCCUAAACAUUGACAAUCAAAAAUGACUGCUGUUUACCAAGCAACAGUUCAGGUAAAUUUUAAUAACUUUUUUUUUCAAUAGAACUUGAAUACCUUUUGGGACCAAAAAUUAUUUCUGACAUUGGAACAAAUGAAUGUGAACAAAACAAAUGAUGAAAAACAAAGGUGGAUGUUUAUCAGUCACAGUGUUUAUCAGUAGAUAUUUAUGAUACAAUAAAUGCCUGUUUGUCUUGUUCUCUUCUCUGUCUGUCUGCUCUUCAGUAUCCCUGACAUCGACAAGCAGCAGUGAUGCCAUUAAGUGCAAGUGCUCUCUGACAGCCUAUUGGAAGAAGCCAGCUGUUGAAGUCAGCAGACCCCCUCAUGCACACGCACACACACACUCACGCACUUUGCCUCUGGGAUCAGGGCAUGGAUCAUCAGGUUAGAAUGCACGUCCAUUUCCUAAAGGCUCUGAGCACUGUGGCUGAGUGUGCACCACUCAAAAAGACAGGGACAAAAUGUCAGAAGGCACAAAAAUUAUACUGAACAAAUAAAGUUGCAUUUCAUUAGG